GCUACCCAAACAGUCGCCAUUUUAUUUCGAAUACUGCAAGAUGUCGCUCCACCGCUCACGCAAAAAUCAUGCGCUCGUAGCGUUAAUUCUACUGAACUGUGUAACGUCGAUUUCGGGGGAGGUUCGGCAAAAAAGGUAUCUCGUGUACCCAGACGGAGGCCCGGCGAGAACGCAGUUUAUCAUAGGUCUGGGUAUUCCAGUCGAUUUGAAGGAAGCAUCAGUGACAGUCGGUACAGUAAUCAAAUUCCAAUAUGAUUUGCCCACCAAUUCCACUGAAUACACAUCCAGGAUAUACGGCUUUGCCAAUACUAUCUCCAGCAGAGACAUGGUCAGUGGAAACGAGAAUCCUGAGCAUGAAAAUGAGAUAAACGUAGACGAUUCUAGAAAGCUGAGUGAGACAGAAGAUAUUGAUAUUGACAAUGACAAUGAAAAUGAUACGUUAGUGGAUAUCACGUUUGAUAGAAAACGUAGGGCGACGCUGUAUUCUGAAGUAGGAGUUUUGAAUAGUGUUGAUGAGGCAAAUACAGAAUUACCUCUAGAAGAAGCGAUAAGAAGACAAGAGAAGAUUGAUAGAGAAUAUACUGAGAAAGAGCCUCAGAGGAUGAAUAGAUGGGACUUUUACAAAAUCAUCGAGCACAUGGUUGAAAGGUACGGCUAUUCAGGGCGGCCAUGCUUACUGAGAACAAUCUGUGAGGCGGCCGAGGUUCCUUUCAACCACGAAAACGGGUUACUGGCAGAGAUUGGUCAUAUACUAUUCACACCAUCGACAACAAAAGACGAGCUGUCCCACCACACGGACGUCGAGUACCACGCGGCGGAGCGCCUCGGCAGAAGCGCGGGCGCCGGCUGCGAGGCGCUCUUCCCGGAGUGCGAGAGCUCCAUCCUGGACACCUUCACCGAGAUCGGGGAGGACACGCUGCAUAGAUUCGGACUUUGA